CCACCCUUUCUUUCCUAAGUUGUAUCAGGCGUUGCUCUCCAGAAAAAAAAAAAAAACUAUGGUAAGAAGAUCGGGCGGCUGCCGCUCCCCCGCCGCUUCCGGCGUUCUUAACCGCAGAAUUCUCAGCCGUCGACUAGAAUCUUGUCAACAAACUUACUCCACUGUCGAAGAAAUCGUCGACCACCUUCGAACUAACUACCCCGAUUACAAACGCAUGAAGCAACAACCUUUCACAAUCGCUGUCCGACAUGCUCUCCGAUCCUCUUCCAAAUGCACCCAAAAGCCUUCUCAUUCACCUUCUAAUUUAAACUUCGAUGCUGAUAGUGAUGAACACGAGCAUGCCAUUGCAGCUUCUUCUUCUUCGUCGCUUCCUCAUUCACGUUCGCGGAAAAAGGCUAGGGUAACCGAUGCGAAAGAAGAAAGGUUACAGCAUUUCGAGGAGUUACACAUUGAAAAGAGACGGAAUCAGCGUUACGAUUCAAGCUCGAACUCGGACACUGACUCAUCAUCUUCAUCUGAAGAAGUAGAUGAGGGGGUUUCAACUUCUGAAGAUGCUGUUUAUGGAGAAAAAGAGGAACCCAAGUUUGAUUUAAUGAAAUCAAUGUUACGACAAGGUUACAAUCAAUCCAAUAACACAAAACCCAAGCUUGAAGAGAAGAACAUGGAGAUGGAGGUUGCAAUUAAUAAGACUAAGGACAAGAUUGACAUGACCAAUGGAGGUGGGACUGCAAAAAAAGAUGCAAAGGCUUCAUUUACGGCUGCUGCUGAUGCUGAUGGUAUGGAGGUUAAUGGGAAAGAGGGGCCAAGGUUCAGGGAUUUGGGUGGGAUGAAGGAAGUGUUAGAGGAGCUGAAGAUGGAAGUCAUAGUGCCUCUUUACCAUCCACAUUUACCACGAUGGUUGGGAGUUAGGCCAAUGGCCGGCAUUCUGCUCCAUGGCCCGCCUGGUUGCGGCAAGACCAAACUGGCUCACGCCAUUGCCAAUGAAACUGGUGUUCCUUUCUAUAAAAUUUCAGCUACUGAGGUGGUUUCGGGGGUCUCAGGUGCAUCAGAGGAAAAUAUUAGGGAUCUUUUCUCAAAAGCAUAUAGGACUGCUCCUUCAAUUGUUUUCAUUGAUGAGAUUGAUGCCAUUGCAUCUAAAAGAGAAAAUCUGCAGAGGGAGAUGGAGCGCCGAAUCGUUACCCAGUUAAUGACUUGCAUGGAUGAAUCUCAUAGACUUGUGCAACCAAAUGAUAAGGAUUCUGGUUUGGAGAACUCUGAUUCCAAGCCCGGUUAUGUGCUUGUAAUUGGAGCUACCAACAGGCCUGAUGCUGUUGACCCUGCACUACGUCGGCCUGGGCGAUUUGAUCGUGAGAUUGUUCUUGGUGUUCCUGAUGAAAACGCUAGGCUUGAGAUCCUUUCUGUGCUUACAGGCAAUCUUAGACUUGAAGGGUCUUUUGAUCUUUUAAAAAUAGCUAGGGCUACACCAGGGUUUGUUGGAGCGGAUUUGUCUGCCUUGGCUAACAAGGCUGGUAAUCUGGCCAUGAAGAGGAUCAUAGACCAAAGAAAGCAUGAGUUUUCUAGAGAACCAAUAGAUGAUGAACAAGCUGAUCAGUGGUGGAGGCAGCCUUGGUUGCCCGACGAGAUGGAAAAGCUAGCAAUCACUAUGGCUGAUUUUGAGGAAGCAACUAAAAUGGUUCAACCCUCAUCAAGAAGAGAGGGAUUCUCUUCAAUUCCAAAUGUUACGUGGGAGAAUGUUGGCGGGCUUGAUUUCCUAAGGGAGGAAUUUGAGCGAUACAUAGUUAGGCGCAUUAAAUUUCCCGAGAAAUAUGCGGAAUUUGGAGUGGACUUGGAGACAGGAUUUUUGCUUUAUGGGCCACCAGGCUGUGGUAAAACGUUGAUAGCAAAGGCUGUAGCUAAUGAGGCUGGAGCCAAUUUCAUUCACAUAAAGGGUCCUGAACUUUUGAAUAAAUAUGUUGGAGAAAGUGAGCUUGCAGUUCGGACAUUAUUCAGCCGUGCUAGGACAUGUUCACCAUGCAUACUUUUUUUUGAUGAGGUGGAUGCUUUGACCACAAAGCGGGGAAAAGAGGGGGGAUGGGUCGUUGAGCGACUUCUGAACCAGUUACUCAUAGAGUUAGAUGGUGCAGACCAGCGGUGUGGUGUUUUUGUUAUUGGUGCCACUAAUAGGCCUGAGGUGAUGGAUCGUGCUGUUUUACGCCCUGGUAGAUUUGGUAAACUUCUUUAUGUACCUCUCCCCAGUCCAGAUGAACGUGGGUUGAUCUUGAAAGCUCUUGCUAGGAAGAAGCCGGUAGAUGAGAGUGUGGAUUUGAGUGCCAUUGGACGAAUGGAGGCUUGUGAGAAUUUAAGCGGGGCUGAUCUUUCUGCACUGAUGAAUGAAGCUGCCAUGGUUGCUUUGUAUGAUAAACUCAGUUCAACAGAGACAUCUGAGGAUUCAUGCACAAUCAAGACAUGCCAUUUUGAACGUGCACUAAGUAAAAUCUCACCAUCGGUCUCUGAUAAGCAAAAACAGUUCUAUAAGGUAUUGUCAGAGAGCUUCAAAGCAGGUUGAUUAGAGUCAAAUCCUCAUUGAUGUACCGUUAGCCAGAGCUGUCGUUCUUGUCUGAUAUCCAGCACCCCAGAGCUGCAUGAUCAAAGGAGCCACCAUUUUAAACGUUGAGAUUAGUAUUCUAUUUAUAUGCUUUUUUUUCUUACCCGUAAUAUUGAGGUGUUAGAAGAAACUUGCUUCUCUUUAUGAGGGUAAAAAAUUUGCCAACACAUUAAAAUUUUGUUCGUUGUGGAAGUAGUUUACAGAAAAUAGGGUGGGAAACAUUUAUUCAUCCAUUUUGAGGAAUCUUUUGAAUGUAGAAAGAAUAAUAUAAGUAAAUAUGGCAAGAUGUCUUAAUUCCA